AUGGCCGGGAUACAGACCAUCAGCCCCCCGCACUCCCCUCGGCUGCUUCUGGAAGCUAAUGGCUUUGCCAGGCUGGCCUUGCUCAGGACACCAGGUUUUUGCAGCACGCGCACAAGGCCCUUACCUGGGGAGUCGCAAACUUUUGCUUGGCCUAAGAGCACUGGGACACGGAAGAGCCCCCAGAGGGAAAGCAGAGGAACUGGCCGUCUGUUCGCAGCAGCGGGGACGGGAUUUGGCGGAAGCGCCGACCAUCAGGGAUGCGAGAUCAGUCUCUGCAGGGGAAGCGCAGGCGACUCGUUUCCUGACCCCUGGCCAUCUUGGGGCUUCCUAUAUAAUGAUUCAGCCUUUCUCCCGCAGGAAAAUAUAAUUUGGCUUGUGACCUUGAAGUUUAUUCCUAUCACGGGAGGUGAUUAUGCCCUGGAACACGCUCCCCAGGGCAGUAAUUGUUUAAGUGCUUUCCUCCCCCUGGAUGGCAGGAAAACAAUACAUGACAUAUGUCGGCUGACUACCCAUGUGAGCGAUUCAGGUCACGGUCCCACCAUUGGAGAGCCGCUGCUGCAGAGAACACACCUUCGGCCCCCACUGCAGCAGCGUGGGGAGCGGGGGCUGUCGAGGGGAGAAGCUGCAGCUCCAGGCAGCCCGGGCGGCUGCGUCGGGGCUCCGGAGCCAGCAGCACAUGGAAGGAACAGUACAGGGGCUCUUGCGUUGGCCGAUGUUCUUGUUCUGUGGAUAAACAGAAGACACCAGCCUUCGGUGCCUGCAAUCUGCUACCUUUCAAGAGCUUUCCAACUCAGCCUGAGAGAGGAAGGAAGGACGGCGUGAUCAGAAAGAAGAAAGCCACCUCCUCUGCCCAGUGUGCCCCCCCAGCUCUGCAGGCUGCACGUGGCCGAGGCUUUCUUUUGCCCCCCAGGGAUGCCUGUUGAGAGCAAGACAUCUUGCAGAAGGGCUGGGACGGAGGGACGCAUGAUUUGGUGGCAUUCAGCCCCUAGGCUGCCCUGCUCCUAGCUGGUGCCUCCCUGCACCACCGGGUGUUCCACAGAACGUGCCAUCUGGGGGCCUUGCUGCAGGAGAUGGCUGGGACUGUGCAAGCCAACUGUGCUGCUGCUAAGACAGAAUGUGUCCCCGCGAGAAUGUACGCCGCGUCCAGGGGAGGCAUCCAGCCUGCCUCCCUUUGAGAUGGCUCUGCCAGUCUCCAUGGGGACUUGAGAUACCGAUUCCCGCAAGGGGCGGCUGGUGGCUGCGGGGGAGGCAUGCCACCUCGGGGACCGUUUCUUGGGAGAGGGGUGGGUAGGCAAAAUGAUUUCUAAAAGAAAGCCUAGCCAGUUGACCAACUCCAGGUCUCCACCCAAAGUGGGCACAGCCCCUCGUGGGUCAGGCGCUUGAAUGAAUCCUUCUGCACUGUGUGUCUUCUCCAUGCCCCCAUGCAAUGGGCUGGAGUUUGGGGAAGGCGGUGUGAGCAAAGUGCAAGGCAAGGCCCUAGCUUUUAAGGAGCUUACACUCCAAUCAGAACAAGGAUAUUAAAAACAGAAAGCUAUUAAUGCACAGUACAUAGAGAAUGUAAGCAAACGCUGCACUAAGUGGGGCAGAAUGUAAAUGCUGCAGGAGAUCAGGAAGGGGAGGCCUGGUGGGGGC